UCUUUAUUCUCGUUCUUUGUCUAACUAGAUUUACAAAGAAAUAUCUUUCCUGAAUAGGAAUGAGGCAGCACUUGUGGAAAGCAUUUCUAAACAUAUACAUGAAAUACUGAUUCCAAAGUUGCCAUCUUCAAUGAAGAAUCUUAUAGGGAUUGAUUCAAGAGUGGAACAAGUGAUUUGUCAAAUAGGCCUUGGAUUGAAUGAUGUUCGCUAUAUAGGCAUACGGGGAAUGGGCGGCAUAGGUAAGACAACUAUUGCUAGAGCUGUCUUUGAAACUAUUCGAAGUAGAUUUGAAGUUGCUUGCUUUCUUGCUGACGUAAGGGAGCGAUGUGAGAAAAAAGAUAUUCCUGACAUACAAAAACAACUUCUUGAUCAAAUGGGUAUUAGUUCAACUGCUCUUUAUAGCGAGUAUGAUGGGAGAGCAAUACUUCAAAACUCGUUACGUCUCAAAAAAGUUCUUCUUGUUCUUGAUGAUGUAAAUCAUGAAAAGCAAUUAGAGAAUUUAGCUGGAGAGCAAGAUUGGUUUGGUUCUGGCAGCAGAAUAAUAAUUACAACCAGAGACCAACAUUUGCUACAGGAACAAGGGGUGCAUGAAACUUAUGAGGUUGAAGGAUUAGUGGAAAUUGAAGCCUUUAAUCUCUUUUGUUCAAAAGCUUUUAAACUGCCAGAACCUACAGAAGGGUUUUUGGAUUUGUCCAAAGAAGUAGUCAAUUAUAGUGGCGGUCUUCCUUUGGCACUUAAAGUGUUGGGGUCCUAUCUUUAUUGCAGAUCCAUUGAAGUUUGGCAUAGUGCUAUUGGAAAAAUAAAGAAUUCUUCCCAUUCCGAUAUUAUUGAUGUAUUGAAAAUAAGCUAUGAUGGUUUAGAUUCCAUGGAAAAGAACAUUUUUCUAGAUAUUUCAUGUUUCUUCAAAGGAAGAUCAAGAGAUUAUGCAACAAAGAUAUUAAAAUUAUGUGGUCAUCAUGCGGAAAUUGGUAUUGAUAUUUUGAUUAAUAGAUCAUUGGUCACAAUAGAGCAGGAUAAGUAUGGGGAGGAUACUCUGAGAAUGCAUGAUCUGAUUGAAGAAAUGGGCAAACUUAUUGUAAAUCAAGAAUCUCCAGAUGAUGCUAGUAAGCGAAGCAGGUUGUGGUGUGAAGACGAUAUCGAUCUUGUACUUAGACAAAACAAGGAAACUAAAGCAACACGUAGCAUUGUUCUAUACGACAAGCGGGAUGAACUGUAUUGGAAUGAUUUAGCUUUCUCAAACAUAUGUCAGCUAAAGCUCCUCAUUUUAGACGGCGUGAAAUCUCCCAUUCUCUGCAAUAUUCCCUGUACGUUAAGAGUUUUGCACUGGAGUGGUUGUCCAAUGGAAACUCUACCCCUUACAGAUGGACACUAUGAACUUGUUGAAAUUGAUCUGUAUCUUAGCAAAAUUGUACACGUGUGGCAUGGAAAAAAGUUUCUAGAAAAGUUGAAGUACUUAAAUCUGUCAAACAGCCACAACCUGAAGCAAACGCCUGAUCUUUCUGGGGCUUCCAAUCUUGAAACACUUGAUCUUUCAUGCUGUUCAGAGCUGAAUGACAUUCACCAAUCUCUCAUACACCAUAAAAACCUUCUUGAAUUGAAUUUAAUCAAGUGUGGAAGUCUCGAAACGCUUGGAGAUAAAUUGGAGAUGAGUUCACUCAAGGAACUAGAUCUAUAUGAGUGCAAUAGUUUGAGAAAACUACCAGAAUUUGGGGAAUGCAUGAAACAGUUAUCCAUUCUUACUUUGAGUUGUACAGGCAUAACAGAGCUACCCACGACGAUUGGAAAUUUGGUUGGCCUAUCUGAGUUGGACUUACAAGGAUGCAAAAGGCUUACUUGCCUUCCAGACACCAUAUCUGGGUUAAAGUCCCUCACGGCUUUGAAUGUUUCUGACUGCCCAAAUCUUCUCCUUCAAUCUUUGGAUUCUCUUUCUACUCUAACCUCAUUGCUUUUAUCGUGGAACAAAUGUGUUGAGGUUCCAAUAAGCAUCCAUGAAUUUCCCAGGCUCAGGCAUCUGGACCUAAAUGAUUGCCGUAAUCUGGAGUUUUUGCCGGAGCUUCCAUCAAGUCUGAGAGAAUUGCAGGCAUCGCGUUGUAAAUCACUGGAUGCAUCCGAUGUCAAUGAUGUUAUAUCAAAGGCGUGCUGUGCCUUCGCAGCAUCAGCUAGCCAAGAUGGUGAUGACGUCAUGCAAAUGUUGGUUGCAGGGGAGGAAAUACCAUCAUGGUUUGUCCAUAGGGAAGAAGGUAACGGAAUAACAGCCACAUUUCCACAUACUGAAACCAUUGCACUUGCUAUCUGUUUCCGAUUGAGAUCAAAAUCAAGGCGCAUCAGAGGAGAGCCUUCGGUUAUCUGCAAUGGCGAAGAAUUCAUCACCGAGACUUUACUUGCAAUGCCGGUGAUUGGAUAUUCUCCGCAUUUUUUCCUUCUAUGCUUGAGAAGUGACUGUUUUGUUGACCAAUCUUGCCAAGAUUAUCUCUUCCAAAUGUUAUUUCCUAACGAUUAUUAUGGAGAUAUCACAGUAGAGAGUUCAGGAGCCCGCUGGGUAUGUAAGCAAGACAUUCAAGAUUUGAUGAAAGCUGGAACUGAAACAGCAACAUGAACAUCAUCUCACCUUCUCCUCCUGUUAUUUAUUUUGUAAAAGGUUAGCACCUAAGAUAAAAUGCACUCAUGAUAAACGUAAUUUCUUCCCUAAAAUAAAAUUAUAUAAUUUUCCA